AUGCCAAAUAAUCAAAUUGAUUCGAAAACUAACAAUCCUCAAAUAAUUCAAAAUUUUGAUAAAAUGAAUUUAAAAGAAAUCGAACCUAUUAUAAACGAUCAUAUUUUUGAAGGAGAGUUAAGUAUUGUAAUUGAUGUAUUAGUUGACCUUAUUUUUAAGGAACUAAAUCAAGGAGAAGAUAAUAUAGUGGUAAAAAAAAUUGUUCUUGAUUUUAUUAAAAACCAUAAGAUAACUUUAUAUAAUUACCUUUUAAAUGACCAAAGUAAUUCAAAUUCUAUUUGUUUACUUGGAUAUUUUUAUUGUUAUGGAAUUGAAAAUGAAGUUAAUGAGCAAAGAGCAAUUGAAUUAUAUCAAAAAGCUGCAAAUUUAGAAAAUAGAGUAGCUCAAUUUAAUCUUGUUAAUGAAUAUACUUCUAGAAAAGUCCUUGAAACCUAUUACAGUCGCGUUGCUUUUGAAUUAUCGAAAAAAUUAGCAGAUGAUAAUUAUGCAUAUGGAUGUAAUAACUUAGGUUAUUGUUAUGAAAAUGGAAUUGGAACUGAUAUUAAUAACCAAAAAGCAUUUGAAUUAUAUCAAAAAGCAGCAGAUCUAGGAAAUAUUAACGGAUUAAAUAACUUGGGUUGGUGUUAUUAUGAUGGAAUUGGAACUGAUGUUAAUAUACAAAAAGUUUUUGAAUCAUUUCAGAAAGCGGCGGAUUUAAGGAAUUCAUAUGGAAUAAAUAACUUAGGUUGGUGUUAUAGAGAAGGAAUUGGAACUAAUAUUAAUGAACAAAAAGCAUUUGAAUUGCAUCAAAAAGCAGCAGAUUUAGGAAAUAUAACUGCAAUAUUUAACUUAAUAAGUUGUUAUAAUGGAGGAAUUGGAACUAAUAUUAAUAAACAGAAAGUAUUUGAAUUAUAUCAUAAAGCAGCAAAUUUAGGAAAUAGUGCAGCUCAAUAUUAUCUUGCUAAGAUGUACGAAAAUGGAAAUGAAGUUAAAAAGGAUAUUAAUAAUGCAAUUUAUUGGUACAAAAAAUCUGCUAAACAAGAAAAUACAGAAAUCGAACCUAUUAUAAAUGAUUAUAUUUUUGAAGGAGAUUUAAGUAUUGUAAUUGACGGAUUGGUUGACCUUAUUUUUAAAGAACUAAAUAAAGGAGAAGACAAAAUAAUAAUAAAAAAACAUGUUCUUGAAUUUAUUAAUAAUCAUAAAAUAGUUUUAUACAAUUACCUCUUAAAUGACCAAAGUAAAUCAAAUUCUAUUUGUUUACUUGGAUAUUUUUAUUAUUAUGGAAUUGAAACUGAAGUUAAUGAACAAAGAGCAAUUGAAUUAUAUCAAGAAGCUGCAGAAUUAGAAAAUAUUGUAGCUCAAUUUAAUCUUGCUAAUGAAUAUAUUUUUGGAAAAAGUUUUCAAAAUCAAUAUUUAGCUUUUGAAUUAUCAAAAAAAUUAGCAGAUGAUGAUUAUGCAUAUGGAUGCAAUAAUUUAGGUUAUUGUUAUGAAAAUGGAAUUGGAACUGAUAUCAAUAGUCAAAAAGCAUUUGAAUCAUAUCAAAAAGCAGCAGAUUUUGAAAGUAUAACUGCAAUAUUUAACUUAAUAGAAUGCUAUUAUGAAGGAAUUGGAACUAAUAUUAAUAAGCAGAAGGUAUUUGAAUUAUAUAAAAAAGCAGCAAAUUUAGGAAAUAGUACAGCUCAAUAUAGUCUUGCUUGGAUGUAUGAAAAUGGAAGUGAAGUUGUAAAGGAUAUUAAUAAUGCAAUUUAUUGGUACAAAAAAUCUGCUGAACAAGGAUAUACAGAAGCUCAAUUAAGUUUAAAUGAACUUUUAAAGGAAUAA